CCUGGCUACCUCAUCUUUGCAAAUUCACCAACCUCACUAUUCCACUUAUCCACUAUACUCCAUAUUACCUAUACAGCACAAGAUUCCACAUGGCGGUAUACUGGCUUCUCUCGGUCCCGGCGCACGGCGACGGCCACAUUGCCUGGCGCGAUGUAAAGUCAAAGGUGGUCGAUUCCGAGCUCUACGACUUUUCUCUGCCGCAGUUCCGGAUCGGGACCCUGGAUGCCCUGGUGCGUCUCUCGGACGAGCUAAGCAAGUUCGACACCUCGUACGAGUCGAUGACGGGCAAGCUGCUCGACACCCUGCGCAACCUGACGUCAGCGAGCAACGCUGAGCUGUCCUCGCUGGUGACCGUCGACGACAAGACCGUCGACCAGUACCUGAAGACCUUUUCGUGGAACACGUCGAAAUACCGCGCCGACCGCUCGCUGGUCGAGAUAGUCGACCAGAUCGCCGAAGACAUGGGGGCAAUUGACGCAGCGCUGAAAACGAAGCUGACGCAGUACAAUGCGAUCAAGAACUCGCUGGCCACAGUCAAGCGCAAGCAGACAGGCAAUCUCUCGGUCAAGGCCCUGGGCGGCAUAGUGAGGCGCGAGCACUGCCUGGUGGGCUCGGACUACCUGCAGACCGUGUUUGUGGCCGUGCCCAGGACCCUGACCAAGCAGUGGCGGAACUCGUACGAGCGCCUGACCGACAUGGUCGUCCCGCGGUCCUCGCAGCUGAUCGCUGAGGACUCCGAAUACUCGCUGUUCUCGGCCAUUGUGUUUAAGCGCGCGCGCGACGCCAGGUUCAUUGUGCGUGACUUUGAGUUCGACGAGCAGCAGCUCGAGCAGGACCGCCUGCACGCCAUGGAGAUUGUCGAGCAGGAGGAGGAGCUAUUGGCGAACAUCUCCGAGUGGUGCAAGGGCAGCUUCUCCGACGUGUUCGCGGCCUGGGUCCACAUCAAGGCCCUCAGGGUCUUUGUCGAGAGCAUCCUGCGGUACGGUAUUCCCCCGGAUUUCCUGCCCCUGCUUGUCAAGCCGAACCCGAAGCAGGCUGGCAAGAUUAAGCAGAGCCUCAGCGAUUUCUACGCAUACCUAGAGACCAGCUCCAGGGUCUCUCAGCGCGCUGGCAAGGGCGGAAAGAAGGAGGAUGCGUUUGAUAUGCACGAAUUCCAGAGCAUUUUGAGUGACUUUACUCCCUUCGUGUUCCUUUGAACUGCCGUGGACUUUCCUGGACGCCGAGCACUAAUCCAGUUUAUAUCUUUUUUGAGGUCCUAAUACAUCAUCACAAACAUGCUGGUU